UCGCGGACAAUAGAAUCUCAUUCCUAUACGCACGAGCCUACAAUACACACGUAGAAAGGUAAAACGGUCGUCAUUUACACAUAACAGUAGGCGGUUGAGUGGCAAAAAAGUCGACCUCGAACCUCUGGGUAUAUGUUGACAAUACUACUUUGACAACUCACGUGGGUUUCCCCUUCAAUUAUUCACCUUUGCUCUUAUUAUUAUCUUAUCUGAAUCGUGUCGGUAUUAAAUCAUGUUCAAGAGAUCUUCUUGCUUCGCCAUCUUCCUUCUUGUAACCUUCGUCAUCAAUGGCACUAAAAGUAAUCGAGUUCGCCCGAGUCAGCCCGGCACAAGACUCGACCCGUGGCUCGGCCUACUCGCUCAAUCUCCCCCUCAUUUUCUUCGACUUACCCUGGCUGAGAUUCCAUCCCGUGGAACGAGUCUUCUUCUACAGACUCACCGAUUCAACUCGCGAGUUAUUCGAGUCGGUCAUCCUCCCUAGGCUCAAGCACUCUCUCUCCGGCGUCCUCCGCCAUUUCCUACCUCUCGCCGGACGCAUCACGUGGGACCCGCAAGAGCCAAAACCGAGCAUCGUCGUCUCGGAGAACGACACCGUUUCGCUCACAGUAGCAGUGACAGGCGCCGAUCUCUCUCGAGUUUCAGGCAAUGGUCAACGUCAGGAGAGCGAGUUACGCCUCUUGGUGCCCGAGUUACCGGUUUCCGAUGACUCAGCCUCCGUUGUUUCUCUGCAAAUCACGUUGUUUCCGAGCCAAGGCUUCUGCAUAGGCAUGGCAGGACACCACGCCGUUCUUGACGGAAAAACGGCAAGCAUGUUUAUCAAAGCCUGGGCUCACACAUGCAAACAACACCAAGAACACGAAAAUAUAGGACCUGUUCCUCUACCAGAUGAUCUGACUCCCAGUUUUGAUCGUUCUCUAAUAAAAGAUCUGACCAAUCUUGAUGCGAAGAUGUUGGAACUGCUGUCUUCUUUCACACAACACAAGACCCUGAAGCUGUUUAGUCCCCUGGAGAUCGGACCCGACGUCGUCCGGGUCACGCUCGAGUUAACCCGUCAGAACAUCGAGAAACUCCGGGAGCGAGUCAAGAACGAGCUACCGUCCCAUCAAGGGCAUCACCUCUCGUCCUUCGUCAUCGCAUAUGCAUACCUAUGGACGUGCUUCGUAAAUGCGCGUGGAGGUGACGCGCAUCGACCGGUCGCUCUAAUCUUCGUCGCCGAUUACAGGCACCGGUUUGACCCACCGUUGCCGGCGACAUACUUCGGGAACUGCAUUUAUCCGGUGAUUUGCCACGACAAGACGGCAGGGGCAUUUAUGGAAGAGAAGGGUUUUGGCACGGCGGUCCAGAUCCUUAGCGACAUGGUGAAGAGUCUGGAAUCAAGAAGGAUGGAGACAAUACCGGAGGAGUUCGAGGAAGGGUUCAAGAGCGCGAGGAGGGUUUCGCAGUUGGGGUCGGCAGCCGGGUCGACCCGGCUAGGGAUAUACGGGUCGGAUUUCGGGUGGGGGAGACCCGAUAAGGUGGAGAUCAUAUCGAUUGACCAGUCCGAGGCGUUCUCGAUGGCCGAGAAGAGGGAUGGGGAGGUUGGUGGCAUAGAGAUGGGAUUGUGUUUGGAGAAGAGAGAGAUGGAUAAGGUGGUUUCUUUGUUCAAUGAUGGGUUGAAUUGAACUUAAUCUGUAAAAUACUCAUAUGAGCUUUCUGUCCAAGUAUUGGUUCUAUGUAUUUGUUCCGUACCAUAUAAAAUGGGUUUUGUGUGAUGAUAAUUUUAUAUAAUAAUGUUAGCAUCUCAUUAGCGUUUUC